GACACUUUAUAACUGCGGCGAUACUUCUGGCACCAAUCUAGUCAGAGGACUCUGGGCUCAGGACUACCGUUGGACUUUUUGGGGAAGGCUCUGCUGCAUUUUGCAUCUGCUUGUCAUUUUUGUUGUGGAAUUGUUUCCAAUUGCAUUGAAUCUACCUGGAAAAAAUGCUGCUUCUACUGCUCGGAAUCAUUAUCCUGCACAUCGCUGCUCUGGUCCUACUCUUUGUAUCGACUAUAGUUAGUUCCUGGUCCGUCACCUCCGCCGCCAGUGCGGACCUGUGGUCAAACUGCUCCACGUCUAAUGGAGGGUACCACUGCGACCCCACCUACACUGGAGAAUGGAUCCAGGCGGUGCAGGCCCUGAUGAUCUUGUCCAUCAUCUUCAGUGUGCUGUCGCUGUUCCUGUUCUUCUGCCAGCUCUUCACCCUGCAGAAGGGCGGCCGCUUCUUCCUCACCGGCAUCUUCCAGAUCCUGGCCAGUCUGUUCGUGAUGAUCGGAGCCAUCAUCUACACGGUGAUGAGUCCCACCUGGGUGCCGGACGGCGCGUCCUUCGGCUUCGCCUACAUCCUGGCCUGGGUGGCCUUCCCGCUCGCCCUCAUCAGCGGCCUCAUCUACGUCAUCUUGAGAAAGCGCGAAUGAGGUCACGUCGCCACGGAGACGGGCUGAGACCGCACCGCACCGCGUCCACAGACAAGUUCACUGACACCGGUUUGAGGGUGGCGGGGU